CAGGUGGUACGGCUGAUCCGUUCCCCACUUACCUGGCUGAGAUCCAGCUAUAUCCUUGGGACCACAGGGCCUCAGACUCCCACCUAGGUCUCCUGCUGCCCACACUCCUGCCUUGAUCUGCAGCCCAAUAAAGGCUCGGCCACACGCAGCAAGACUCGGCAUGCUUGGUUCUUCUUCUCUUGUGUUCUCCCCAGUGGCCCCUGCCCCCCUCCAGAGCCCUGUGGCUAUGACACAGCUGCUUCUGCUUUUUGUGGCUUUCCUGGUCCUGGGUCAUGUGCCGUCAGGGAGAAGUGAAUUCAAACGGUGCUGGAAGGGCUACGGGGCCUGCCGGCCUUACUGCACGAAGUACGAAACCUACAUGCACCUGUGCCCGGAUGCCUCCCUGUGCUGUAUACCCUAUGGACUCAAGCCUCCGGCCUCCAAGCCUGAAAAUGUUUAGCUGGUUCUGGGGCUGACACCCUUCCUCUCCAAUAAAAUGCAAGCUGCCA